CUAUUCAAUUUAUUCGCAUUUAUAGGGACUCUCAUCGUUGUGGUUUUUGGAGGUCUUCUUGAAGAACAUCGGACCACAUCGUCCUCAGAUUUUAAUUUUUGAUGGCCACGAUUCGCACCACCACAUCGAGCUUAUUGAAUCGGCUCGUGAAAACAAUAUAGUUUUGAUGGAGAUGCCGUCACACUGUUCUCACUGGCUCCAACCCUUAGACAGAACUGUAUUUGGGCCUUUCAAAAAAUCUUGGAAAGAGACCACCACCUCAUUCCUGGCUCAGACAGCAUGCCCUGUCACCCAUGCCAACUUUUUUCGGCUUGUAACGAAAGCCUGGAAUCAGCUUAAACCAGAAUACUUGGUGAACGGUUUUCGGGCAACCGGGAUUUACCCCUGUGAUGGAACCGUUAUCCCUAAAGAGGCAUUUCUUCCAUCAUCAGUGUAUGCAGAUGAAAUGGAGAACCAGACACCCAAGCCAUGCACACCCGAGCCAUGCACUCCCAAGCCAUGUACACCUGAGCCAUGCACUCAUACAGAGCCAUUCAGUGACGUACGCGUGUCCGACAACACCGUGUCGUUAACGUUACAGGAACUGCCACAGCUGCAUUAUGAUGAAAGGACAGAGGGUACCCUUGUCGAUUUGGGGAUCUCCAUAACAGACAGUGGGGUAGUGGUGUCAUCAGUGCCAUUAGACGGCAGUCUCGACAGGGACAUGGCAGAUAUUGCGGACAAUAUCGGGGCGUCACCACCGGAUCCCUUGCUAAACGCGUCCUCAUCCGACACGUGUCCCCCGGAGCUGGCAUUAGCUGCCAUUGAAUGCAGUAUAAGUCAGGCAAAAAAAGCCCAGUAUGAAAAAGCUCUCUCUGCUGGUAUUGAUGUGGCUGGUGACCGUACGUUCCAGGCUUGGAAGACGUAUAAAGUUAAAAUGUGUCCACAGAUCACACAGUCUUCAGAUUCGUGGCUCCUGGAGGUGCCAUCUGUACCGCUACAUAAGAAACCAACAACCACAACAAAAGGCGGUUACUUUGUAAUAUCAUGCGACAAGGCAUUUGAAGAGAAAAAAAUCGCGGAAAACAACAAGUUGAUAAAACUAGAGGAAAAAAAAGCGCGCGCUGCCAAACGGCUUGCGGCAAAGAAAUCGACAACAGCAAAAUAAAUUAUGAAAUUGGAACCGGAUUAAAUAUGUCUAAUCUAUUUUUUAUGAAACCUAAAUAUUGAUGACACCCUGUCUUUUUACAUUAUAAUACAAACGGUAAAAUUAAUUUGAAACUUCCAAUUAUUUUUUUUUAAAUCGGAUAUGCAUCCAAAAUUUAAUCAUGUGAUUAUGACAACUUAACUUUAAGGUAAGGUAACUUCAUUCAAGUAUUCUUUGUGUUUGUAGAAUGAGCAAUGGUUGCCGAUUUUCGUUCUGCUGUGUUUCAGUAUAUACAAAUUUACGUCCCUAGUUUGAGCUUACAGAAGUUCAUAAAUGUUUUAGUGUGUUAUAAUACCAUUGUUGAGGUGUUAAAUUGAAUGUAUUCAAAGAAAUAAUCGUGUGUCCGGUGUAUGGUAUCGGACUGUCCGAUGUAUGGUAUGAGACCGUCCGAUCCAUGGUAUACCUAGCGUAUAUUAGAAAUAAGACGUCUUUCGUACACACUCUUGUCUCAUUCGGCUUCUAUGUAGUAGAAAAGUCAUUCGGAACACAUUCGCCUUUAUUGUGUUGUAUUGGAAUGGGGUAUAACGUACCAGCGAAGGAACGAACGUGCAACUUCCGAGAGAGG